ACUGCUUGGAAUGAAUGUCCAGGCUUCAGUUAAAGGGGGCGUAAGAGGAGCUAGUGCCAGUCCACGGAGAAAGAGGGACCCUCCGCGAUAAACACAGAAAGAAAGAAAUAAACACACCAGUCCGAACAACAUUCCGAGAUGCUGCAACAACCCGCUCUCUCUCCAUGCGAGGACACCUAGUAAGAUAAUUAUUCCAUUCUUCCUGUGUGUUUAAACGCAAUCAACAAUCACAGUUUCCAGACGAAAAACGCAAAGGAAUCUCUUCGUUUCAUGGGGAUUUUUAGUAACAAGUUAACUACCAGUGAAUAUAGACGUUUUUGUUUAGGUUUUUCCCCCUUACGAGCGGAUCAUCGCUUUGAACUUUGCCUGAUAUGGUGUUACCAUGCAUGGAAGUUGUGAAUAACCCUAACCGAAUAGAAUAUUGAAUUGUAUUUUUCCCCCCAAAAAUUGUUGUACACAAGCUGAUUCGAACGAAAUUCGCUUUGAGAAACCAUGUUACUGGAUGCAGGUCACCAGUUCCCCGGACUGGGAGUUGGCACGUUUGCCAGGCAUCACACAGCGAGCGAGAUGCAGGAGAGAGACUUGAGUUUAGCACAAAAUAGCUUCGUCGACUCGGCACACAUGGGUGCGUUUAAACUGAACCAUGAUCUUUCUCCAGGACAGAGCUCAGCCUUCACCUCCCAGGCGCCCGGCUACCCCACAGCAGCUUUGGGUGCGCACGCCGCCCAUGUCACCUCGUACGCGAGUUCCCCGUUCAACUCCACCAGGGACUUUCUUUUUCGCAGCCGUGGCUUCGGAGAAUCCUCUCCCGCAAGCAGUCAGCACGCUAUUUUCGGCCCCACUACGGGGUCUCUCCAUCACUCCCACACAGACAGUCAAGGCCACAUUCUGUUCCCCGGGAUUCACGACCAGCAUGGGUCCCACGGAUCCCCGAAUGUGCUCAACGGGCAAAUGCGUCUUGGACUACCAGGGGAGGUUUUCGGCCGUUCCGACCAGUACCACCAGGUCUCCAGCCCAAGGACCGAUCCUUAUUCGGCCGCCCAGCUCCAUAACCAGUACAGCAGCAUGAAUAUGAACAUGGGUAUGCACAUGGGAGCUCACCAGCACCACCCCGGUGCCUUUUUCCGCUACAUGCGGCAGCAGUGCAUCAAACAGGAGCUCAUCUGUAAAUGGAUAGACCAGGAGCAGCUAAGCAACCCCAAGAAGAGUUGCAACAAAACUUUCAGCACCAUGCACGAGCUGGUCACGCACGUCUCGGUGGAGCACGUCGGAGGACCGGAGCAGAGCAACCACAUCUGCUUUUGGGAAGAGUGCCCACGCGAGAGCAAACCGUUUAAGGCAAAAUACAAACUGGUGAAUCACAUUCGGGUCCACACGGGAGAGAAACCCUUCCCCUGCCCCUUCCCUGGAUGUGGCAAGGUCUUCGCACGGUCGGAAAACUUGAAGAUUCACAAGCGCACACAUACAGGUAAUUAUACAAUAUUUAUAGCAUUUUACCCAAAUGUUUCUCAUCUCUCGAGCACUUUUUUCGUUUCGUAAAAGUACACCGCACAUUUAAGAAUUCGCUGUGCCAAUGCGCCAUGCUUUAUUUCAUCGUAGCCAAUUGUAUAGCCUGCAGAAAUCUCAUUUUUCUCGUUGCCAAAACAUCCAAGAUUAUCAGUCGAUAAGGUAUUUUUAGACUGCCAAGGUAGACAUUCACACCUACGGUCAAAGUACAAAAGAAAAGCUACUAGCCUAACGUGCGAACUGAACUCUAAAAUAGAACACAUAGCUGACGGGUCUGGAAAGGAUUAGCGUUCGUCCAGUUCUGGAGAAAUGCAAUGUUUUGCAACAAUGUGCUAAAUUAUGUAAUAUGUCUGUCGAGGUUUUAUGGUUCAUAAACUUAAAAAUGGGUCAAAGGCGAGGCGAGGGCUUCUGGCUCGCAGCGCAGCGCAUGGCGUGAGCCGAAUAGUAGUACAUCUCAUCAACCGGUUUAAUGUUUAUGCAAGACUGAGCUUUUAGGAUUAUAUCCGGAAUGCCUCACCUCUUUUUCACAAAUCGAUGUAUUUUAGUUUGUCCUUUGAGAAAUAUUGUUUGGCUUUUUGUUUUUUGGAAAUUGUAUAGCGAAUUCACUCUUCAUGAACAUGCAAGUGUUUGAAUGUGUGUAAUGGCCUAUUUUGUUUUCUCACGCAUUCCAUUGGUAGUAGUUUUGGAAUAUUUUCUGGGGGGAUUUGGUUGUGCUAUACAGCCAUGGAAUUGGUCAGGUGCUAAUUAGUUUUGUUAUUGUUUCCAAGCAAAUGGCGCGCCUUCUGCACCAAAGGCUAUUGCCCCACAUGGGAUGUUUGCGUUUUUUAUAUCAAUUUUGCAUUUCAGAGCCCUGACAUAUAUUGAAAUUAAGUAGUCUAUGAAAUACAUAUUCAAAUAUAGGCCUAUUUUUACUUAGCCUACUAGUUACUUACAUUAAAUUGCUGUGAUUCAAAACAAAUAGGCUUCCCAUAGGCCUAAAUGAUUAACUAUUUCUUAAAAUGCACCAUUCCCUGCAUAAAACAGAAAACCUCCGCUCCCACGAACAUAGUUAAUAUCUUUAAAUUAAGUUUGUGCUACAAUUGAGAUUUAACUGAAUGGAAGGCAUUUGAGUGAACAUAACCGCAUUCACUAACUAUGAAGAACGCUAUGACUUAACCCGUUACUCCUCGUUGAAAGGCCAUGUUAUUGAAUCCAACUCCUAUACUAUUCGGCAUAGUCGUUUUGUAGGCUUUUGCUGAACUGAAUCUAACGUGUCUGUUUUAUCCUUGUUUUUCUGUAGGAGAGAAACCAUUCCAGUGUGAGUUUGAAGGCUGCGACAGGCGGUUUGCCAACAGCAGCGACCGAAAGAAGCACAUGCACGUUCACACGUCAGACAAACCAUAUCUUUGCAAGAUGUGUGACAAGUCCUACACACAUCCCAGCUCUCUACGAAAACACAUGAAGGUAAAUGGACUUUCAAUCUUUCACUUUCCAGCUGAUAGUAGCAUGUAAGGGUUGUUUACGUCUGUUGUUUAUGUUACGUUCCUCACCAUUCUUGAAGCACUUUGAAGUCAUACUUCACAAUUUGCCCAUCAUGAUAUCAUAAACUCAUUUUAUCUGCACUUUUCUCCAGGUCCAUGAAGCCGCCCCCCCACCAGCGUCCGACUCCUCGCCUGCAGCCAGUUCUGGUUAUGAAUCCUCCACACCGCCCGGCCUCGUCUCCCCCACCACCGAGACCCAAAGCAACAACAAUCUGUCCCCCGCAGUCCACAACAACCACAAUGGUCACAGCAGCCUAUCGUCCAAUUUCAGUGAAUGGUAUGUUUAGGACAGAACCGAAAAGUGAACGCAGAACCAUUGCUCAGAACCCCAACCAGCGCAGGAGAAUCGGACACUCGUGCACCAAGGAGAGCACGAAUACGCUACUAUGAACGCUUCAAAAUCAUAAAAAGCGAUUCAAAACCACCAGGGAAGAAAACUCACUUAACCAACAGAAGAUAAUAUGUGAUAUGUUUAAGGUGUAUUCAAUAUAUUUGUAAAUAAUUAUUACACGUCCUCUUUCCCAUUGGUUGUGAUAGAUUUUGUCAGUCUUUAGUGUAUAGCGUAGAUGUUCCUUCAAUGGUAGCUAUUUCUCUAACUGGACUUUUAGUGCACAUAUUACGAUUGAAGUUGUAUUAUGAUGUUAAAUAUUGUGAUCCUAAGGCAAAUUGAUUGUAACUAUACUAAACAUCUAUAAACUGGAAAGAGUGCCAAAAUCAACACUUAACUCAAACAGACCACAAUAUUUUGCUUGUGAAUGUAUAUUUUAGUUUGCUGGACUUAACUUGUGAUGUUUUGUGCUUUGCAAGUUUUGAAUUGUGAAUUACUAUCUGGAAGAUUGUGAGGAAAAUAAACAUUGUGCCGUUGGAUUUUUCUUUACCCCCUUCCUUUUGUAAAUAUCGACUGCCUUAUUUAUCAGUUUGUAAUUAAAUUAUGGUAUUUACUUGCUACAGAUGAAACAAUAUUUAUAAAGAAUGUUUCUUUACUAUAAAUAUGUACAAUUAUGAGCUAAACACGGGCAGUUGUUUUGUUAUGUGUUUUUGUUCAAAGUUAAAGAGGUGUUUUCUUCAUUAUUGUGAUAAGAAUUUUACUGCAUACAAAUAUAAUAAAAAGUGUUGCAAGUGUUAAAAAACA